CAUACUGCAUAUUUAAAUUAGAAAGUCUAGUGAGCGCGUGCUGUUAGCUAACAGGACUAGCCGCUAGUCAGGAAGCGGAGUGUGGAGAGGCAUUGAACGGCUCCGGGGUCACGUGGUACACAGGUUGGGAAAGUGCAGGCUACAGAAAAUGCCUACAGAUGACGUCAUAGACUAGCGUGCAUGCACUUUAAAUCCUGGGGACGUUGGAGGCGCUGCAGGAUGUCCUACGUGUUCACCAGCGAUUCUCUGCAGGCCACACUGCCACUGUUGCAGGCCUGCAUCGACGGAGACGUGUCGUACGCCAAGCGCCUGCUGGAGACCGGCUUUGACCCGAACGCACGUGACUGUCGAGGACGCUCGGGGAUGCACCUAGCUGCAGCGCGUGGAAACGUGGAGAUCUGUCGCCUGCUACACAAGUUCGGAGCAGACCUGCUGGCCACUGACGCUCAGGGAAACACCGCACUGCACAUGUGUGGACACGUAGACACCAUCCAGUUCCUCGUCUCCAGCGGACUGAAGAUUGACAUCUGUAAUCACAAUGGAGCGACUCCUCUGGUCCUGGCUAAGCGGCGUGGAGUGAACAGAGAUGCUCUCCGUCUGCUGGAAGGACUGGAGGAGCAGGAGGUGAAGGGGUUCAACCGCAGCUCCCAUUCCAGCCUGGAGAAGAUGCACAUAGCAGAUAAUGAGAGCCAAACCUCCUUGUUCCUUUUGUACAGUGCCAUGGAGAGUCAUUCGCUCCUCAACCCUCACCUCCACCGCACUGACGGUGUGUUCUCCAGCUUCCGCACCACGUGGCAGGAGUUUGUAGAGGAUCUGGGCUUCUGGAGGGUUCUGCUGCUCCUUCUGUUCAUCGCUCUGCUCUCACUGGCCAUUGCUUACUACGUCAGUGGAGUUUUGCCUUUCAGCUCGAACCAGCUGGAGCUCGUGCGUUAGAGUUCCAUCCUGAGUGAGGAACUAAUAGAGCUGUAGAAGUUCACUCACCAAAGUGAUGAAUCAUUUUACUGAAUUAAAUAACUGAAUUUAUGCCUCUGAAUAGCGUGUAAAUGAAGUUGAAUGCAUUUUUAUGAUUUCUGUGUAAAUAGUUGAUGCAGUUUUAAUGCCCUCUGAAGUUUUAUUUCAUUAUCAUGUGUUGCACAAAGUCAGGGUUGGUCCUGAACAUCUAAAACCUUCACAUUGAGUCGAAUUCUAACUGAGAAUGAACUCGUUAAACGUCCACCAGAUACAUUCCUCAUAAUCAGAAAUCAUGUUCUCACAUUUCCAGAUGUUUAUGUACACCUCUGGAAAUAAAGCUUACUCACAGAAGA